AUGGAAGCAUUACUUAAACCAUCAAAAACGAAUCCUAGAGGGAUCCCUGAGGCACCUUUCAUAGAAAAGGUUGAGAAUAUACUCAAGAAUCCUGAAGCAGACUUUGAUAGGACUAUGAAAGCGUUCCAAGACCGUUUACAGCAGUACAAGUACAUGGAGUUGUCCAAGAAACAGCAAUUGGGAAACUUGAAGGUGAAAAUCCCGGACAUUGAGAAAAACUUGGAAGUGAUAAGCCAUAUCAAAGAGAGGAAGGCUGAGGGCAAGGACGAGGAUGCCGAUGAACUCGAAGAAGAGGAAGAAAAUGUUAUUGAAACGAAUUACGAAGUCAACGAUACGUUAUACACCAGAGCCAAAAUCAACGUAGAUACCUUGAAUUCCGUUUACUUGUGGCUAGGAGCUGAAGUGAUGUUGGAAUAUCCAUUGGACGAGGCCGUGCACUUGUUGGAAGAGAGAUUAAAGAACAACAAGGAGCUGUUGAAGAUAGUCAAGGAAGAUUUGGAGUUUUUAAAGGAAAAUAUAACCACCAUGGAGGUCAACACUGCUCGUUUGUACAACUGGGACGUAGAAAGGAGAAAGAACUUGAGACUUGCAGAAGAGAAGACGAAGAACUUGAAGAUUAGCAAUUAA